CCUACACCGAGCCACACAGUGUUUCUGCACCACGGAACACAGAACUCGACGCAUUCAGCACAACAAAUAAAAACAAAAAAUGACUCACUAUCACAUAAAUAUUCCAGCAGAUUAUCAGAGCCCUUGAAAUCCAAUUCACUUGAUGUAGUUGAGACACUGCAAGAAAAAUUAAGUUCGUGCAGCAAUAUUGUUGUCAAACAUAGUGUUAAUUUCAAAGAAAAUACAAAUUCAAGUGACAAGCAUGAUCCUAAACCAUUAGAUGCCCCGAAACGUCCAGUGUCCUCACAUUCUGAAUUAACACAUUGCGGAAACACAACAUCUCUAAAUGCAUCUUGCGCAAUCCUUGAUUCUAAAUUGGGGAUGUCAGCUCCCAUCUCCACAGCUACUAAUUAUGCUUUGUACAGAAACACAGCCCCGAGGACCUCUUCAAAUAUUCACCCUUCAUCCACUUUAAAACUAACCCAAAAGAACGCGAGCGUGUCCUUUAAUUCCUUACUUAAAACAAGCGAUGUGUCACACGAACACAACAAAUCAAUUAAUCCUCAUACAUUUCCCUCUGCUAACAAAUUCAGGCCUUGCCAAACACAAAGCGACAUCACAUCUGAACCCACUUACGAAUCUGUUGUUCCAAAUCAGAGACACAUAACUCCGACUGCACUGCUGUCAAAAGUGCCCAAAAACGGUUUUGUGUCAAAUGUGACACAAACCAUUCCAAACAGAACCAACAAUUCAAGCAAGACUAGUGAAUUGCGUAGUAACCAAAAGCUAUUGCGUGGCGAUCUAAUCAACGAUAUACUGUGUAAUGUGUCAAAAGAAUAUUCCGUUCCAUCGCAAGACACAACUCUUCAAAAUAGCAUUUGUCCAAUUAAGUCAAACGGUUCUUGUCUGCAGGGUCGCAUGAACGCAAAACAACAAGCGGGUGAACAAUAUCAAGGAAGCACGGUAGUAGAUCACGAGGGACAGUGUGCUACAUGCCCAGCAGCCCAGCAGCAACAGCAGAUGGAUUCAAAUACAGAAAAGUUUGCCUUGAGCAUGUCACCCAUGCAUGCAAACAGUACGGCUGACUCUAAUGCAGAUAAACAGACGCGUCCAAAUUAUCCAACAACCUCUGUCACUGCAAAAGGAAAGCCCAUUAUCUCAACACUGGCAAACAGAAAUGUACAUUAUGAUCUCGAGCGCAUGCAGUGGCUCGAGUCCAAUAAAGCUGCACCGUUUCAACAAUCUCUCCAAAGCCCAAAUUUGUCUCUAAUUGCACCAGCCCAAUGCUGCAGUGAGGGAGAAUUUUGUACGCCUUGCAAUUGGGCAUCCCUCCGACGCCUCGGGUCCAGUGAGGCUGAGGCAAUAGUCAGCCGAGAUGCAAAAUUUGGCUCCAAGCAGGACACAGCGGACCUGAUCCUGGCCCAUUGCCACCCUCGUGAAGCAGCUACCCUGUUUCUGCAUUCUUCCCCUCAGUGCUGUAAAUCAGCAAGCAUACAGCAUAAGCUUGAAAGUGUGGAGGCCAGUCUGGCAGCCAACAAGGACAGAAUCACUACUCUGCUGAACAUCAUCCAUGACCUGGAGGCCGGACACAAUCCUUCCACUGGUCGACAAUGCUACAAAACGGGACAGGACCUCAAAAACUGUUCCACCUGCCAAAACACGGCUUGUAUUGUUUACAGUGUGGAGUAUGACUUCAGACAGCAGGAAAGGAGGUUCUUGGAGGUUCUUAAUCUACACUCAACAAGGAGAAAUAAAGCUGCCCAUGUUUCCCAAUCUUGUGCACUGAACUUCAAUCUGCUCAGAAAAGCUGUGAAGAAUUUGAAGAAGUCAAAGAAGAAAAGCAAAAAGCUCUACAAAAUUCUAUUAAAAUGGCUGCCCAGGAAAUAGCAGCAAGUUUAGGAAUCCAAAUCCAAACGGUUUGGUAAUGGACAACAAAUUUACAGAACUUUCAUCUUUUUCACUGAAGAGUGAAAGAAUCAUGCACCCAUUAUGAUUCCUCUGUUAUGUCUAGACCGGUUUGAUUGGCCAACGCGACUAAUGAGUCAUGUUGACGUAGAGACUCAGUGGCAGUGUUCCCUGAGGACGACAAAGAAUGGAGGGAGGCAAAGAAGGGCACGGGGUUUACUGUCACUCCUCCUCCGAUGGUCAAGUGUCCUCUGGGUGGGGAGGGGGGCUCUUUGGAGGCUCGGUAAUCCACUGGAGAUGUGAGAGAUCAGCUUCUGUGGGAUGAAAAUGUGAUUUGACAAGCCACAAAAAAGAGCCACGAUCGUGGAAUUUUCAGACUGAGAAAGUGCUUGCCGUGGGCCUGUUAAGUAGAUUUGAAACUUGCCUAAUGUUGUUGGAAUGAAUCGUAUGAAUAAUACAAUUACAGAUAUACUUUGUUCUUUCCUUUUAAUUUUUGAGGUUGAGUUUCUGUUGUUGCAUCCUGCAGUUGUUAUCGUAACAAAAAAUAUAUAUAUAUUGUAUGGUGUAUGCACAUAUCAUAGGAAAGUUAAUUUAUUUCCACGGCUCAAUUUAAAAAAGUAAAAUUCAUGAUUAUAAAUUGAAUGAUUAAGCCCUUAUACGUAUGUUGCAAAAGCAAUUCCUUCCCAAUUUCGAUAUAAAAAAUCUUGAGAUUUUUUUUCUUCUGUAAUAUUCAAAUUUCUUGAGACAAUGACAAGUUUUCAUUGCAUAUCCAUGAGA